CACGAUGAUCCCCCCGAGCGGCGCCCGCGAGGACGGCGUGGACGGGCUGCCCAAGGAGACGGCGAGCGCCGAGCAGCCGCCCUCUCCUGCAUCCACCGGCAGUCAGGAAUCCAAGCUCCAGAAACUAAAACGAUCACUUUCUUUCAAGACCAAGAGUUUACGGAGCAAAAGUGCUGACAACUUCUUCCAGCGAACCAACAGCGACGUGAAGCUGCAGGCGGACGUGCUGGCGGAGGUCAGCCCCAGCUCCAGCCCGCUCCCUGCCCCUGGAAGCCUGACCUCCACACCCACCAGGGCCGGCCUGUACCCCAGCGGUGGCGGCAAGGCCCAUGCCUUUCAGGAGCACAUCUUCAAGAAGCCCACCUUCUGUGACGUCUGCAACCACAUGAUCGUGGGAACAAAUGCUAAGCACGGACUGCGCUGCAAGGCCUGUAAGAUGAGCAUCCACCACAAGUGCAUGGAUGGCGUGGCACCCCAGCGGUGCAUGGGCAAGCUGCCAAAGGGGUUUCGGCGUUACUACAGCUCCCCCUUGCUCAUUCAUGAACAGUUUGGAUGCAUUAAAGAAGUUAUGCCCAUUGCCUGCGGCAAUAAGGUGGACCCUGUGUAUGAGACCCUCCGCUUCGGCACCUCGCUGGCCCAGAGGACGAAGAAGAGCAGCUCAGGCAGCGGCUCCGACUCGCCUCACAGAACCUCGACUUCAGAUCUCGUGGAGGUUCCCGAAGAGGCUGAUGGGCCAGGAGACGGGUAUGACCUGCGGAAGCGGAGCAACAGUGUGUUCACGUAUCCAGAAAAUGGCACCGACGAUUUCAGAGACCAAGCAAAGAACAUAAACCACCAGGGACCUCUUUCCAAAGACCCAUUACCGAUGAACACCUAUGUUGCCUUGUACAAAUUUGUACCACAAGAGAAUGAAGAUUUGGAAAUGAGGCCAGGAGACAUGAUUACUCUUCUAGAGGACUCUAAUGAAGACUGGUGGAAAGGGAAAAUUCAAGACAGAAUUGGCUUCUUUCCAGCCAACUUUGUUCAGAGAGUACACCAAAAUGAGAAGAUUUUUAGAUGUGUUAGAACCUUCAUUGGGUGUAAGGAACAGGGGCAGAUUACACUGAAAGAGAAUCAGAACGUUAUUGAACAGCGUAUUCACCAUUUUGUUCCACUACCUUAACUUCAGAGCAUCCUCCAGCGUGAAAUCUCUAGCAUGAAACUUCUCAAACCGCUUUUGACACAUUCGCCC